AUGCUUAGGCUCUCAAACUGGCUAAAAAUAUUCCUUUGGGUCAGCAUCCAAGGCUGUUGGGCCCAACAAACGCACAUUAAACUGGAGCAGGGCGAUCUCAUUGGACUUAAGAUAUUUCCAGAUGGAGCACGCAGCGCGGUCUACGCCUUUCUGGGUAUACCCUAUGCCCAGCCGCCGUUGGGUCCAAUGCGCUUUGCGCCCGCCAAGCCGCACAGUGGCUGGAACAGGACGCUGCAGGCGACAGCGAUGCAGCCGAUUUGUCCACAACUGUCGAAUACCAUAUAUGAUGAGAGCGCUGAUGGCAGCAUUUCCCGAGCAGUGCCCACUAGCGAGGAUUGCCUGUACUUGAACAUUUGGACGCCAGAGACGGGAUUGCGUUAUGGCCAACUGCCUGUAUUGGUGAUUAUUAGCGGUGAGGAUUUCUCCUACGACUGGCCACGCAAUCGCAUCAAUGGUCUGGACUUUGCUGCUGCCGAGGGCGUUGUUGUGGUCAGCGUGCAGUAUCGCAGCAAUAUCUAUGGCUGGCUUGGACUGGGUCAGGAUCAUCGACAGCUGCCGGGCAACUAUGGACUCAGUGAUAUUCAACAGGCGCUGCGAUGGGUCCAAAGCAAUGCCCUCAGUUUUGGUGGCAAUGCGGACCAGUUGACCCUGCUUGGUCAUGGUAGCGGAGCCAUUCUGGCAUUAGCUAGUGCCCUCCAAUCUGGAAAAGAGCAGGCUCUAUAUAAACAGCUGAUACUCAUGUCACCAGGCCCUGUGCUACACGCCUUGGGAGCUGGUCAUGAGCAACGCAUUGUGGCAACGGGACGUGUGCUCGUCCAGAAGUUGGGCUGCCAGUUCGAGGAGGCGCAACAUCGCCAGCUGUUGAGCUGCCUGCGUCGCAAGAGCACUGAGGAUUUGCUGCGUGCCUAUGAAAGUGUCUACAAUCACGGCAAUGCCAGCAUGCAGCUGGGCGUCCAAUUGCCUGGCCACCUGAGCCUGGAGCAGCGUCUGGUUAAUGUCACACUGCCGCCAAUACUGCUGGGAAUUGGCUCCAAUGAGGGCGCCUUUUGGCAAGACUACUGGCUGGACGUGGCCCGUGAUGGCAACGUGGCUCUGCAUCGUUAUAUCAAUCACACGCUGUUGCCAAAUGUGUUGCGUUCCAUGCAGCUGGAGGAUAGCGCCAGUUCCGUUCAGUUGGCAGCCAUACGCUGGCGUUACUUUAACGAGGAUUCAUCGGUCAGCCAGCUGUUGUGGGGCAUGCAACGUCUGCUGUCCGAGUCGCAGUAUGAGACACCUUUCCUCCGCCUGCUGCAGCUGGUCAAUGGCAGCAGUAGCGUUAGUUAUGCCUACGUAUUUGAUCAGUCCCAUGUCCAUGCCAUGGACAUGCGUGGCAGACAGAAUCUGUUUGGUGGCGCCUCGCAUAGUGCCGAUUUGCCACUGCUGCUCGGUCCCAGUCUGUUCCAACAGAUUGCCCGGCGUCGCUUCAACACUGAGGAGGAACAGAUGUGCCGCAAGCUUCGCGGUUCCUUUGCGAAUUUCGUGAAAGGCGGCAAUCCCACGCCAGGACGCAUCUAUGAUGCAUGGUUGCCUUACACACCGGAGCGUCCUUUCAUCUACAAUCUGGGAGAGAUCACCAAGAACGUGGACGUACCGUCGGGAAUAGGUGAAGCGCUUGUCGAACAGCUGCUGAAUGGUAAGCUGCCGACUGAGAUGGGCACAGAUCGCAGUUUGUCCAGAACCAAUCGUCAUGAGAACUAUCGACAGAACAAUGCCAACUCAUAUGUGGCCAAUAAUCAGCUGGACUCCGGCUAUGGCAAUCACUUGCGACGGGUUUAUGGCUUCUGGCAGGUACUACUGCCCUCGGCCCAGGAUGCAGAGUUACGUGAGGGGAGAGGCGGGGGCGGUGCCUUAGGGCAGCGGGUGCGUCUGUUGGAGGCCAAUGCUGAUGCGGCACGUUACCGUCAGGGUUUCUAUGCAAUGCUUGGUCUUGUGUGCCUCCUCCUCGCCUGCCUGGGCUUGUGUGUCUAUCUGCUGCGCCGAGAACUGCCGCAUAGACACAGCUCGCCAAGGGAGUCCUCUUAUAGCUUAUGACAAAAGUGGUUUCGUUGG